CAAUGCACUUGCUGCCCGUCCUCUCUUAGGGGAGAUGGCCAGUGUUGACCUGCCCAGGUCUGCUUGGUACGCUGGACCCUCUGGCCUUCUUCGUACUAUGCUGGCAGGGCUUCUCUCAGACAGGCCUGGGGUUGUGAGUUAAUGAAGGGUUGGAGGUAUGAGACAGGGUGUUCUCCGAGGCCUACAAUGGCAUCGCUCCCACCGCACUUCAGGAACUGGAUAGCAGAGGAGAAAACAGACAGUUGCAUGGGACAUUGCUUAGACUCACCAGAAACUUCUGAAACAAGACUGCUGCUCAGCUUGGACUUGCUGCUCCUCACUCUCCUCACUGCUCAGUCUUCAGCCCCCUCUACGCCUUCCCCUACAGGGCAAAGGCCAGAGGCCAAGGCACCACAAUCCCAUGCCGCAGGAAAAGGCACACAGCCCUCACGACGGAUCCCCCCCACCUGCCUCCCUCCCAAACCCCACUUCCUCUUGUAACCUUACACAGCAGGGGAAGGCUACUUAACCUGAGCAGCCUAAAAUGGAACCAAGAUGGCCAAACAAGACAAGACAUUUAUUCCAACGUGGCAGGCGCGUUUGAAGAUGCACACCAGGCUUGUCAGCGGCUGGCUCAUGGGUGCUGCCCUGCAGUGCUACUCAUGCACGGCCCAGGUGAGCAACCAGGACUGCUUGAAUGUGAAGAACUGCACCCCGGGCCAGACCCAAUGCUGGACAUCCCGCGUGCGUGCCAUCGGGCUGGUGACGCUCAUCAGCAAGGGCUGCACCUCCGAAUGUGUGGAUGAUGCGGAAAACUACUACGUGGGCAAGAAGAACAUCACCUGCUGCUCCACCGACCUGUGCAACACCAGCGGGGCCCACGCUCUGCAGCCGGCCACCACACUGGCGCUGCUCACCGUGCUGGGCAGCCUGCUGCUGUGGGGCACGGGCCGGCUGUAGGCUCUGGAGCCCCUGCUGCGGCCCAUACGUACUGGGCGAGGAGACCAGGGCUUGCUCACACCCACCAGGCCCAGUGAGGGGGGCCUUUCCCAGUUCCUGAGGGCACCUGGUCCCAGGGGUCUGGCCUGGCUCCUUUCCCUGCCCCUCCUGAGGUCCCCUCCAGGACUUCAGCCCAGAGCCCACCAGAAGCCAGGAAGGCUGGCUUCUACAGACACGGAAUGGCUGGCAGCCAGCUGCAGGCUCAGGCUGCAGCCUGACAGUCCCGGAUCUGACCCGCUGUCACCUCUGCUCAGGCACCGUUGCUUCCCCGACGCCUUCCCUCCCCCCGCCCCCCGCC